CAUGAUAGCUUCGCGCCAUCUACCUCGUCGAAAAAGCUGCGUUAUAAACAGGGGGGGAAGCGCGUCUUCUCUUCUCUAUAUUCUUCUCGACCGGCCGGGGACCAGGCCCCAGCUUCAUCCAGUGUAUCCCCGCUUUCGGGGAGCUCUGGUAUCAAGCAAAGUUGUUGUCAAGCGUCAUGUCAUGUCAUGUAGCCGACCGGUCGGUCUCCUGGCUGGGAGCGACCGGGAAACGAGGCCUGUAGCUUUUUCUACGUGGAAAGCCAUUGAUGCUUUGAUAACCAUGAUUGAUAACCAUGUUUGGGAUGAUGCAACCCCUCUUCUUGUUUUACCGCCUACUAUACGAGGUCUUGCGCCCGGCAAACCCUCACCUAUUACUCCACACAAUGCCAGGGCAGCAGCACCUGGCAGCUCGGCCCCGAACCCUAGAUUCCGCAAAAACCUCUCCGUCGACGAGUUCAUCGCAGAAGCUAGCCGCGGCAGAAAGCAAACCAGCCUGGCGCUUCACAGGCGCGCUCUUAUCGGAGGGGAAGUUAACAAUGAUUUUAUUGCCAAGGCUUGGAUUGAGCAUUACAACCAGGUUUGCCGCGGGGCUUACAGUGGAGACUUCCGUUCUGUAGGCGGGACUUGCCCCGGGGACCUGCAGAGAACAGGAAGGCUUUACUGCAAUUCACCAAGGGCACCCGUCAAAUACCACAAGACUAAAAACUUGCAGAGGUGUCCUGAGAACCAGGUAUGCGACUUGUUUCAUGGAACCAACUACAGAGGAAACUGGGUUCAAUGGCCCAUCUGUGCGGAUCAAGUCCUGAUCGACAAUCAAGCGGUUGCUGGCGGCUACUCUGGGAACUAUUACGCCUCCAACCCGCUGGGAUCGGGAACUGUAAGCUACUUUAUAAAAAUGGCCGAUGAUUCUAGAGUUGAGGAAUUUGGUCCAGAAGGGGACUUCAGGGACACGGCUGGCCACUCUGGUCAUGCGAGAACUUGGUCGUGUUUUAACUGCCCGCCUGGGUUGGUGUGGAUUCAGUCUCGAGUGCGAGCGGCCGCACACGGCUUUGUGCUUUGA